GACGCUAUUUUCCAAAACGACCCAAGCACGUGCUUGUAGUUGAAGCAAAGUUUGAUGGUGAACAGUUGGCUACUGACCCCGUAGAGCAUACCAAUCAGCCAGAAUUUGCUACAGAAUUGGCUUGGGAACUUGAUAGGAAAGCACUUCAUCAACACAGACUGCAGCGUACACCUAUCAAACUCCAGUGUUUUGCAUUGGAUCUUUUAUCUUCAACUAAAGAGAAUAUAGGAUAUAUUGUACUUGACUUAAGGGCUGUGCAGGAAAAGAAACAGGCCCCAAAAUGGUAUCCUCUGCUUAGUAACAAGUACACUAAAUUUAAAUCUGAAAUACAAGUAGGUGUUGUGUUGGAGACUGAUUCAAAAGCACUAGUGGAUGACUUUAAAGCAAAGGAGGCACCCCGUAGAGAAUGGAAGGCAUUUGACCUUCUUUCUGGACUAGACCCUAAAAGUAUUGUACCAGUCUUAAAUGAGGAAGAGGGCUAUCAUCAAAUUGGACCAGCAGAGCAUUGCAGAGACUACUUUGUCUUGUCUGUAACCAUUGCAUUUGCCACACGGUUGGAACAGUUAGUUCCUAGUACUAUGAAGCUUCCUGAGCAACAGGCUGAGUUUUUUUUCUACUACUCAUUACUGGGAAAUGAUGUCACAAAUGAACCUUUUACUGAUUUAAUUAAUCCAAACUUUGAGCCAGAAAGAGCUUCAGUUCGCAUACGUAGUACAGCUGAUAUCCUUCAAGUUUAUUUUUGUUCACAGUCAAAAUUACAGAUCCAUCUUUGCUGUGGAGACCAGUCUCUUGGAAGCACUGAAAUACCCCUGUCUGGACUACUGAAGAAAGGAGGUGUGGAGAUAGAUCAACAUCCUGUGGCAAUAGAAGAAGCAUUUGUCCUUGUUCCACCAAAUAGAGCUAAACAGGAACUACCACAAUUGCCUUUGGAUAUGACUCCAACUAUUGGGGUAUCUGUAAUCCUGCAAAGGGAGACCUUGAGUGCUCAGCCUUCGAUUCCCUUAAAUGCUCCAACUGAACCUAAACAGCCACAGGAGAAAGUUCUCUCACCUAGCAGUGGAAAAACAGAGAAUCUGCAGCAGAGAUCCCAGAACAUCCUGUCUCAGGAUGGCCAGUCUUCUGCAGAAGAUGAAGCAACAGAAAGUGAAGUGGAAAGCCUUAAGUUUGAAAAAGGCACAAAACUAAAGAAAACAGGUCUGGUAGCUGAAUCUUCCCAAGAGGUUAACAAACAGUAUACUGAAGAUCUUCCAGUUUUCAGAUCACAAAGCAGAGCAGAAUUACCUCUAUUGUCAGAUCUGCAAAACUCCACUCAUAAUGGUCUGGUAGCUGCAUCUCAACCCAACCCUGUGGGUGCAUCCAGUUCUUCUGAGCCUGCAUCAACACAGAAAAUUGUAAUUCCUGCAGCCUCUCACCACUUCUGUUUUUCAGUAGACUUACGAAGUAUACGUAGUCUGGAAGUUGGUUUUCCAAUAAAUUGCAUUUUAAGGUACUCGUAUCCAUUUUUUGGCAGUGCAGCACCUAUUAUGACAAGCCCACCUGUAGAAGUUAGAAAGAACAUGGAAGUCUUUCUUCCACAGUCUUACUGUACAUUUGACUUUGCAACUAUGCCUCAUCAGCUUCAAGAUACAUUCUUCAGAUUACCUCUGCUGGUUGAAUUGUGGCACAAGGAUAAAACAGCUAAAGACUUAUUUCUAGGGGUGGCGAGGCUUCAGCUUUCAAAUGUUCUGGCUUCAGAAAAAACGCGAUUCUUGGGUGGUAAUGGUGAACAAUGCUGGCGGCAGACUUGUAACGAAACCGUCAGCGUCACAGCAGCACAAGGGUCAGGCAGCAGGAUAGCAGAGCUUUCGUAUGCUAUCACUUUGGAAGACUAUGGGCUUGUGAAAAUACAAGAAGUUCUGGUGUCAGAUUCUUCUCAAUGUGUAGGUGCUGGUCAGCAGCAUCAUGUCCCUCUCUCUCAGCCCCGUUGCACCCCAGAAAACCAUCCAGAACCUCGAGAAACUCUUGAAUACAAGGUAGCAUUGGAGUUAGAAAUGUGGAAGGAAAUGCAAGAGGACAUUUUUGAAAAUCAGCUUAAAAAGAAGGAAAUGGCCCAUAUGCAAGCACUUGCAGAAGAAUGGAAGAAAAGAGAUAGAGAAAGAGAAGCAUUAGUGAAGAAAAAGGUAGCAGAAUAUACUGUUUUGGAGGAACAACUUCAGCAGACACUGAGAGAUCUAGAUAAGCGAGAGCGACAGCUUUUUAGUGCUGAAUCAGAGCUUCAGAGAGUAAAGAAAGAGUUGCAACUGCAGCAUGAACGAAAUCUGCAGGAACUACAGGAUUCUGUGCGGCGAACCAGAGAAGAAUGUGUACACCAGGUUGAGCUAGAAAGGUCGAAAAUCAAACUGCUGGCAGAAGACAAGCUUCACAUACAACAACAG